UUAAUAAUUAUAAUAAUAUUAGAUCACUCAUACCAUCAACUGGGUGCGUCUUCCUUCUCAUUCUCGCCCGGAGGCACGUGCAUGUCACGUGGCGCGGAGUGACUGUGGCCCUCGCUUUUGCUUCCCACGACACCCUCCUCCUGCGAUCCAAUCCCACAAUGGACGCCUCUGCUUCUCCAAUUCGGUGGUGAAAAGUUGUUGUGAAAAAUGCGGCGACGGGCCGCCGAUUUUCGGCGCCCGGCUCGGCGGCGGUUCGCUUAUUGGAUCUGGUUGCUUCUCGGCGCCUUCUCUCUUGCCGGUCUUGUUUUGUUCUUCCUGCAACAUCAUCACCGCGAGUAUCGCUUACAUAGCCCCUUUCUGGAGAGAAACGCUAAAGUAGAAAAUUCUGCUAAGAGAUUGAAUUUUACUGAAGAAAUUUUAAGUGCAACAUCCUUCUCACGGCAACUAUCAGAGCAAAUGGUUCUGGCCAAGGCUUAUGUGAUUAUUGCCAAAGAGCACAAUAAUCUUCACCUUGCCUGGGAGCUUAGCUCAAAAAUUAGAAGUUGCCAGCUUUUGCUUUCAAAAGCUGCCAUGACUGGGGAGCCUGUGACCAUGGAGGAAGCUGGGCCAGUUAUUAAAAGCCUGUCUUCUCUAAUUUUCAAGGCACAGGAUGUCCAUUACGACAUUGCAACCACUAUAGUAACGAUGAAAUCAUAUAUUCAAGCACUUGAAGAACGUGCAAAUAAAGCAACAAUUCAAAGCACUGUGUUUGCUCAAGUAUCAGCUGAAGCACUACCCAAGAGUCUUCAUUGCUUAAAUGUGAAACUUAUGGCUGAUUGGCUAAAGAUGACAUCCCGGCAAAAAUUUUCACAUGAGAGUAGAAUCUCUCCCCAGCUCACAGAUAAUAAUUUAUAUCACUUCUGCAUUUUUUCAGAUAAUGUACUGGCAACAUCUGUAGUUGUUAACUCUACAGUCAUCAAUGCAAGCCAUCCAAAACGCUUCGUCUUUCACAUUGUUACUGAUGGUAUUAUUUAUGGAGCAAUGAAAGCAUGGUUCCUCAGUAAUGACUUAAAAGGGGCUACCAUAGAGGUGCAGAAUAUUGAGGAAUUUGAUUGGUUGAAUGAAUCUUAUGCUCCAAUUGUCAGACAGCUACACAGUCCAGAAUCACGAGCCUUUUAUUUUGGGCCUUUUCAAGGUGUAAAUGUUGAGCCAAAAUUGCAGAAUCCCAAGUUUGUGUCUUUGCUAAAUCAUCUUCGGUUUUACAUCCCUGAGAUUUAUCCAUUACUUGAGAAGAUUGUUUUCCUUGAUGAUGAUGUUGUUGUUCAGAAGGACCUAAGCCCACUUUUCUCAUUGGAUUUGCAUGGAAAUGUGAAUGGUGCCGUUGAAACUUGUCUAGAAGCAUUUCACAGGUACUACAAGUAUCUCAACUUUUCAAAUUCGAUUAUAAGCUCAAAGUUUGAUCCACAGGCAUGUGGAUGGGCCUUUGGUCUGAAUAUUUUUGACCUGGGUGCAUGGAGGAAGGCAAAUGUCACCGCAAAGUAUCAUUAUUGGCAAGAGCAGAAUGCUGAUGGGACACUCUGGAAGCUUGGUACACUUCCCCCUGCUCUUCUAAGCUUUUAUGGCUUGACAGAACCACUUGACAGAAGAUGGCAUGUAUUAGGAUUGGGUUAUGACCUAAAUAUUGACAGCCGCCUGAUUGAAAGUGCAGCAGUUAUUCACUUCAAUGGGAACAUGAAACCAUGGCUAAAGUUAGCUAUAGGCAGGUAUAAGCCAUUAUGGCAGAGGUACAUAAAUCAAAGUCACCCUCAUCUACAAGAUUGUGCCACCGGUUAAAAUGAACUACUUCUCAAUUGCUAAUGAUUAUGCAUUCUCAGAUUAUUUUGAUCUGUUGAUCUGCGAUUGCGUUGGUCCUUAUUGUAGAGUCGGAAGUAGAAAGUUUUGACUUUGCUAGGAAUUUUGUUUUGUUUUCCCUUUUAUAUUUCAAUCAGUGUAUUGAAAUAGAAAAUGAUUACUUUAUACACUAAAGUUUAAAAUGCGUUAGGUGAAGAGGUGGGGGAGUUCAUUUUUGGCCUUUGGGGCUAUCUUUUCUCAUUCUCGAAGUUGUAGAUCAAUUUGUUCUUUAGUAACUAUUUGUAAUAAUUAUAAGCUCUUUCAAUAGCUAUGUAAUGAAUGGAAGCAAUGUUUUACCCUUCUUCAA